GGAAACGAGCCCUCCUACGACCUUCCGCCUGGACGUUUAGCAGUAACGUUGCAUGUGGUGAUUAUGGGUUCAGUGAUUUAACUUUAUUUUAUGCACAAUCAUGCUUCGAUCUGCGUUAGCAAGAUGUGGAAGUGACACAAUUAAACGCUUGGUCUCAUCUUUGUCCGGAGAAUCCGGCCUUCCGGCAAACUUACGACUUCCACCAAAUUUAAUUGGGGCUCCACGAGAAAAGAGAGCUCCUCCGACCACCUCGGACCUUCCAGUGUUACGCAAAUGUGAGGCUGAUAUUCCAGCUCAUCGCACACCAACUCGGACGUGGUUGGAAUCUCUAAUAAGUCGUGACAGUGAACAUCUAGGUGUUGUUGACCUCCACCCUGAUGUCUUUUCUGUUCCUGUGAGACUCGACAUACUCCAUGCUGUGGAGGUCUGGCAAAGAAAUUUCAAGAGAAUUAGCCAUGCCAAGGUGAAGACCAGGGCAGAGGUUAGUGGGGGAGGCAGGAAACCAUGGAGACAGAAGGGAAGUGGACGCGCUCGGCACGGAAGCAUCCGCUCGCCGUUAUGGAGAGGAGGUGGCAUUGCUCAUGGCCCAAGAGGACCAACCAGCUACUAUUACAUGCUACCCAUGAAGGUGCGUGUACAAGGACUCAAAAUAGCACUGACCUCCAAACUGACUCAGGAUUAUCUUCAUAUUGUUGACUCAUUAGAGAUUCCCACACCAGAUGCUCACUAUCUACAGGACCUCAUGAAACACAGACAGUGGGGGGACUCAGUCCUGAUUGUGGAUGUAGGGGAAGAAUUUCCCCAGAACAUUCUCCAAGCCACAGCAAGUCUGAAGACUGUGAAUAUAAUUCCAGCAAUAGGUCUGAAUGUACACAGCAUGCUGAAACAUGAAAGUCUGGUCCUCACUCUGGAGGCGGUGAAAUUUCUAGAGAAGAAGCUACUGUGGCAUGAUUGCAGGUUCACUCCUCUGUACCCUUUUAAACUCCCCUACAGUGACCUGCCAUGAACUCAAUGUAUUAAAAAAGAUUUAUUUCAUAAA